CACAUUACAUAAAUUAUAACCAUGUUUUGUGCUAUUUCUGGUGAGGCACCUGAACAACCAGUUGUGUCUUUAAAAUCGGGACAUGUGUUUGAAAAGAGAUUGAUCGAAAAAUAUAUUUCUGAAAAUGGCAAAGAUCCCAUUAAUAAUGAAGAAAUGACAGUUGACGAUUUACUCGAAAUUAAGUCAACUCCUGAAACUGUCAAGCCUCGUCCCCCUAAGUUAUCAUCUGUUCCAUCAAUUUUAUCUGCUCUCCAGGAUGAAUGGGACAGUGUUAUGCUUGAAUCUUUCACCCUUAAGCAGCAAUACCAACAAGUACGUCAAGAAUUAUCUCAUGCAUUGUAUCAAAAUGAUGCAGCUACAAGAGUCAUUGCUCGCUUAAAGAAAGAACGCGAUGCUGCUAGAGAAGCACUUGCUAAUGUUCAAGCUCAUUUAGGUACUGCUGCAGCUACACCUGCUGCUGCUGCUGAAGAAUCUAUGGAUGUUGAUGCUAAUGGUUUACCUGAAGAAGUAAUUGAAAAAAUGACCAAGACCAGUGAGGAACUUUCUCAAAAUCGUCGUUCAAAGAAGAAGCCUCCUGUUGAAUUUGCUUCAAUUGAUUCUGUUAAAACAUACACACAAACAUCUACAAUUCCUUCUCUUCAUUCAUCUCGUUCACCUGGUAUUACAGCAAUGGAUGUUAGUCAAAAUGGCAACUUUAUUUUGACAGGUGGUAAUGAUAAACAUGUUCAAAUAUAUAAUAAGGCAGAGGAUAAAGUGGUUGCUAAUCUUGCUGGUCAUACCAAGAAGGUAACUGCCGUCAAAUUCAGAGGCUUAGAAGAAGAAAAUGAUAUCUGUUUAAGUGCUGGUGCUGAUAAGCAUGUUCGUCUUUGGAUCCCUGAUGAAAAGAAAGGAUAUAAGCUUGGUCAUAACAUUAAUGCUCAUAAGAGUGAUGUUACUGGCCUUGAUGUACACCCUACACGAGAUUAUUUUGUUAGUGCAGGUUUAGAUAACAAAUGGAAUUUUUAUGAUUUCGAAACUGCCAAACCUAUUGUCGAAGUGUAUAAUACUGAAGGAGAAACAAGCUAUACCUCUGUUUCCUUCCAUCCUGAUGGUAUGAUCCUUGGUCUUGGUACAUCAGAUGCUGCUGUUCAAAUUUGGGAUAUUAAGUCUCAAAAGGUAGCUGCUACUUUUGGUGAGCUUACUGGCAAGGUGAAUGCAAUUGCCUUCUCAGAAAACGGUUAUAUUUUGGCUACUGCUUCAGAGGAUAACCUCGUUAAACUUUGGGAUCUCCGUAAAUUAGCAAAUACAAAGACAUUCACUUUGGAUGAAGGUUGUAAAAUCAAUUCUCUUGCCUUUGAUAACUAUGGACAAUACCUUGCUAUUGGUGGUACUGAUAUUCGUGUUUUGAAGGCUAAAGAUGGUUCAGAUAUUGUAACCUUUAAUGAAAAUACAUCUGAAAUUACUGGUUUGCAUUGGUCACCUCUUGCACAAGGUUUAAUGAGCUCAAGUUUAGAUCGUACUAUUCGUUUCUAUAGUGCUGCAAAUUAAUAAUAAUAAUAAUAUAUAUGGAUGUAUGUAUGUAUUCAUCAUUUAGUAGUACUUUUCUUUUUGAUUUUUUUCUAUCAUCAUAUAUAAUAUUAUAUAAGCAUAUUUAUACUAUGAUAUGUUUGUAUAUACAUGAUUGAUUUUUUUUUAUUGCUAUUAUGAAUGCAACUGUAUAUUUAUAAAUAAAUAUGAACAAAUAAUA